CUGGUGCGAUGGGUUGAAUGGGUCUGUUCUUAUCUCGUGCUGGAUGGGUGAGGACACACUCCAAAAGGACACUCGUGUAUCGUCAGUUGCUCUCUGCCAUGUGGGCGCGAUGGUUGUACACGCUCCUGUUGCGCAUCUGGAUGAUCCAGAGCCUGGUACUGGGCAUAACCGGGCAUUAUUACAGUCCAUCCCGUCGCCGGUUGGUGCCCAGCAGAGUGCUCCACUGGUACAGCUGGCUGAUGAUGGUGGCCACUCUGGCGCUGUACUGGGGAUACUGGUACUAUGCGCAGGACUACUUUGUGCAGGGCACGUUCCGCAGGCACGGAUUCGUGAGGUCCCUCAGCUAUGGUACCGUCGUGUUGCAGCUGCUCGCCCUGGUGGUGCAGACCGCGCUGCGGAUGUUCCGUGAGCAGGAGGUCUGUGCGGUCUUCAACGAACUGAUGGCUAUGAGGUCUAAGGUGUCCAGGGUGCACCCCCAGGGGGAGCCCAGUCGCUUCUACUACGUUGUGUUCUUCGGCAAGCUCUUCAAUUACCUGCAAAACUUCAACUUUAGCCUGAGCAUCCUCCUGAUCGUUGACAUGCGGUCGGUGAAUGUCUGGGACUAUUUGUCCAACUUCUACUUUGUUUACAUGUCGCUGGUCAGGGACACCCUGCUGAUGUCCUACAUUCUGCUGUUGUUGGAGCUGGGCGAGGCCCUGAGGGUCAAUGGUGAGCAUCCAAGGACGUCCUAUACGGGCCUAAUGCGACAGCUGCAGCGGCAGGAGCGCCUGCUUCGGCUGGUGCGACGGUUGCAUCGCCUGUACGCGUGGCAAGUGCUGGCCACGAUGUUCUUUCAACUGUACUUCAACAUGGCCACGUUCUACGUGGGCUACUCGUUCCUGGCAACGUCCUCAGCGCCGGUGUCGGGAUUCCGUGUGUGGAAUGCCAAGUUCCUGCUAACCGUUCUCACGUUCGUCACCAAGCUCUUCGAUGGCCUCCUUCUGCAGAUUGUCGGCGAGCGUUUGUUGGCCCAGGGAAACAAACCCUGCGCCGGUCCACGAGUGGAGGACGCGACUUACAUGCAGGCAGCCCAACGCCAGAUGGAAAUGGCUAGCCUGAAGCGGGCCAUUCGUGCCGGUUCCCCAGAGAACAGGGUCCUCGGCAUGUUUUGCAUUGACAUGAGAUGUGCCUUCGCUGUGAUCAGCUGCAGCCUGUCCUACGGCAUUAUAAUCAUGCAGCUGGGAUAUAUCCACAGCUGA